UCCCUAGAGCAGAGACAAUGUUAUUUUCUUCUCCCCGGUUUCGUUAAUUGUUCAAAACUCUGGAGUCAACUUAACAUCCCAAUCAUUCAUUUCUGAAAUCAGAUUCUUGAUUCUAUAAAGAGUGAAGAUAAACUCCAUACUCAAAUGACUCCACCACUAUGUUAUCCAUUGCUCUUUUUCCUUCAAGCAUCAGCCAAUAAGAAAUUGACUGAAGGGAGCAUACCAUGGCAGUUCAUAGUGAAAAUGGAAAGGGGAAGUUUACUGCAAUUUUAGUAUGUUGGCUUCUAGGAAAUGGAUGCCUUUUCUCAUGGAACAGUAUGUUAACACUUCAAGAUUACUUCGUUAACGUGUUCCCGAAUUAUCAUCCAGCGAGGGUACUUACCCUAGUUUAUCAACCUUUUGCACUUGGAACACUUGCAAUUCUAACGUACUAUGAAGCAAAGAUAAACACAAGAAGAAGGAAUUUACUCGGUUAUUUCCUUUUCUUCAUGAGCUCCUUAGUGGUUGUAGUUUUGGACUUGGCUACAUCAGGGAGAGGGGGGAUUGGGACGUACCUUGGUAUAUGUAUAACCAGCUGUGUUUUUGGAGUUGCAGAUGCUCAUGUUCAAGGUGGAAUGGUUGGAGAUCUGUCCUUUAUGUGCCCUGAAUUCAUACAGUCUUUCUUGGCUGGUAUGGCUGCAUCCGGUGCUUUAACUUCUGCAUUGAGGUUAAUUACAAAAGCAGCUUUUGAAAAUUCACAAAAUGGACUUCGCAAGGGUGCAAUGUUGUUCUUAGGUAUCUUCGUAGUAUUUGAGCUACUAUGUGUACUUCUUUAUGCGUAUGUCUUCCCCAAGUUGCCUAUUGUUAAGCACUACCGUGCCAAAGCAGCCUCAGAAGGGUCUAAAAUUGUUUCUGCUGAUCUUGCUGCCGGUGGAAUGAAAACAUUAAGCGGCGAACACGCUGCAGAAGAGGAUCCCAAGAAUAUGGAACGCCUAACCAACAAACAGUUACUUUUUCAAAACAUGGACUAUGCAAUCACAAUGUUUCUAAUAUAUAUGUUGACAUUAUCAAUUUUUCCUGGGUUCUUAAGUGAAGAUACCGGAAAGCACAGCUUGGGUGCAUGGUAUGCGCUUGUUUUGAUUGCGAUGUACAACGUGUGGGAUCUAAUUGGAAGAUAUAUUCCUCUACUGAAGUGUUUGAAGUUGAAAUCACGGAAGGGUCUCAUCGUUGUCUCUCUUUCUCGUUUCUUACUUAUCCCAUGUUUCUACUUCACAGCCAAGUACGGAGAUCAAGGCUAUAUGAUCUUGUUGACUUCCUUUUUAGGUUUAAGUAAUGGUUAUCUCACUGUUUGCGUUCUAACUGCGGCACCAGAAGGUUACAAGGGACCUGAGCAAAAUGCAUUAGGGAAUUUGCUUGUAUUAUUUCUAGCUGGGGGCUUAUUUGCUGGGGCAACUCUCGAUUGGUUAUGGCUCAUUGGUAAAGGCUGGUGAGCUCUUGUAAAAACGUUAUAGAUUGAUUUGAUUCGGAAGGUUGUAAGCUUGGAUUUUCAU